AAAAAUAAUUCGGGUAGCCCAGAAUGGCCCGUUUUGUGUUCAGAAAACAAAAGACUGGCCCGUUUUGGAUCCGAGAAAAGCACAGAAAAGCGGGGCAAGGAGUAAUUGAAAAGGCGGCAGCAGUAGUCAUCGAAAGUCCAAUGCUCGGACUCCGCCUCUGCGCCAUGUCUGGCGCCGCCGCCACAGCUACAUCAUUUGCCCUAAAAACCCCUAGCUUAUCACUCAGUCCCAAUCCCAAUCCCAAGCUUUUCAAUGGAGUUUUCUCCAAGAACCGUGUCUCUUUCUCCUAUAACAAUCUCUUCUCCAAAGCCUCCAUUCGUUACUUCGCUUCUUCAAGCGCCAUCGACAACAAACUCAAAGUCCAGAACCCCAUCGUCGAAAUGGACGGCGAUGAAAUGACUAGAAUCAUAUGGAGGAUGAUCAAGGACAAGCUUAUUUUUCCAUAUUUGGAUUUAGAUAUUAAGUAUUUCGAUUUAGGGAUAUUGAAUCGCGAUGCCACUGAUGAUAGAGUCACUGUAGAAAGUGCUGAAGCCACUCUUAAGUACAAUGUUGCUGUGAAAUGUGCUACGAUUACUCCUGAUGAGACCAGAGUUAAGGAAUUUGGAUUGAAGGCUAUGUGGAAGAGUCCUAAUGGCACAAUCAGAAAUAUAUUAAAUGGUACCGUUUUCCGUGAACCUAUUUUAUGCCGGAAUAUUCCCAGAAUUGUUCCUGGUUGGAAGAAGCCCAUUUGUAUUGGUAGGCAUGCCUUUGGAGAUCAGUAUCGUGCCACUGAUACUGUCAUUGAAGGACCAGGAAAGCUCAAAAUGGUCUUUGUCCCAGAAAAUGGUGACGUGCCUGUGGAACUCGAUGUUUAUGAUUUUAAAGGACCUGGCAUUGCACUUGCCAUGUACAAUGUUGAUGAGUCUAUUAGAUCCUUUGCUGAAUCGUCAAUGUCACUGGCAUUUGCAAAGAAAUGGCCUCUUUACUUGAGCACCAAAAAUACAAUUCUCAAGAAAUAUGAUGGCAGGUUUAAGGAUAUAUUUCAGGAGAUAUAUGAGGAGAAGUGGAAGCAGAAGUUUGAGGAACAUUCAAUAUGGUAUGAGCAUCGAUUAAUUGAUGACAUGGUAGCUUAUGCAAUAAAAAGUGAUGGCGGAUAUGUUUGGGCUUGCAAAAACUAUGAUGGAGAUGUCCAGAGUGAUUUACUUGCUCAAGGAUUUGGUUCGUUGGGCUUGAUGGCUUCUGUAUUGUUGUCCUCUGAUGGUAAGACACUAGAAGCUGAGGCAGCUCAUGGCACUGUAACUCGCCAUUUUCGGUUGCAUCAGAAGGGACAAGAAACUAGUACAAACAGUAUUGCUUCCAUAUUUGCAUGGACACGUGGAUUAGAACAUAGGGCUAAACUUGAUAAGAACGAAAGGUUGUUGGAUUUUGUUCACAAGCUAGAGACUGCAUGCAUCGAGACAGUGGAGUCUGGGAAAAUGACAAAGGAUCUUGCCAUUUUGGUCCGUGGGCCCAAGGUAUCGAGGGAGUUCUACUUGAACACAGAAGAGUUCAUUGAUACUGUUGCACAGAAUUUGAUCUCAAAGCUUCGGACACCUGCAGUUGUGUAAGUUGAUCUAUAGUUCGUGAUAUGAGAUUAGUCAUUUCGUAAAACCAAGAGGUAGGGGGUGAGUUGCUUCAAGAGGUUGUUUUUGGUAAUUAGUAGGAAGUCCAUCUUUAUUGCAAUGGCAUAUUCUGGUUGUUUCAGUGUUCUACGAUGAGUGGUACCUUCUGUGACUGGGACUUGGCUCUUACCCGAACACCAAGUUACUCCUCACACCCAAUAAUGCACUUUUGUAUUUUAUUUUAAAAAUAAAAUAAUUGAUAGUAAGUUUACUUAAAGUUUUUUUUUUCUUUUU